AUGAACAUUCAGCGGAGCAACCCUUUCAAAUCUUCGUUGUUCACUAUCUUUGAUACGAUUAGUACAAGACCCGGAGUUCCAAUGUUAUUAUUCCUCCAUUAUUUGCAUAUCCUCGACAAGCCGAGUAACGACUCCCCUCCAGGACGGCUAGGUCAGUUGAUGAAGAGCUGCCCGUGGUCAGGGGUCGGAGCGAGCGCUCCCUAUCUCCUCGCUCCUGCACUAGCGUACAGAAAUAGCGACCACCGUUUGACGCAGUUCGCGCCUAUUUUGGCCACGUCUGUACGAUCAGUUGAAGACGAUAUUGACGAAAUACACGACGAAAAACAGCUACGAAUUUUAUUAGAAGCUUGUUCUGACUACGAAGGAAGAAGAAAGCUGAGAGCCAGACUUCGCACCAUUAUGGCAGAACAAAAAGGAGGUCCUGAAGAUGUAGAAGAAAGUCAUGGUGAGUUUUUAGGUUUACGAAGUAUUGAUGAUUCAGGUAUAGAAUCAGGUGAGGAUUUAAAAGGUGUUAACCCUGAGGUUAUGAAAGAGGUAGAGGAAGCUCUGGUUCGACUUGAAUGUAUUCUUCCUGGUUUGGAUGUUAGUCGGCGAGAAGCUGUCUCCAAGCUGGUAAACUCCCUUCAGUCAUGCCUCAGGCUUCCCCCCAGGCGACGUGUCACUAUUGGCGUUUCUCCGGGAGAAUUGGCUGCUGCCAGGAAGUGGCUUAAGCCACCAUUGGAGGAGAUGGUCAUAGAACAUGUUAACUAUUGUCCUGUUCUUCAAAGGCCUGGUUACCUCAUGGAGCCUGCUCCUCAACAGGCAACUUUAACAUACAUUCCUAAAACAGAAAGAAGUCUAAGCGACUCUGGGAGUCUUCAAGAUUAUGACCCCAGCUUAAGACUUUUUACUCCUGAACAAACUGUACAGAUUGCUAUACAUAAAGCAGCAAUCAAGAAACAAAUCAGUCAGGAAGGAAAAAGAAGAGAAAGCAGUGAUGAUGGAGAUGUAUCUAGUGGUGAAGAAAGUUGUGAAGCAAAUAAUUAUAAUGAAGUUUCUUCAGCUCAGAGGCUUUUGCAGAUUGCUACUGAAAGUGCCAAGAAAAAUCCGAGUGCUGCUAGAUUUCAUAAUCGAUCAAGUAAGAAGCUCAAAAUGAAAAGAGCAAACACUAUAGAUAUACCAAAGCCUGCCAAUUUCUUUGAGUAUUCAUCAGGUGAUGAAUAUGGAGCUUCUGCUGAUGAAGUGAGUAUAGAUGUUGAAAGGAAGCACCAUAAUAAGGAUAUCAAAUUUUUACCCCCAACAUUUGAACCUAAAACUGAAAACGACUUGAAGUUUCUAGCCUUUUUAAAACAAGUAAAUGAAAAUCAACCUAAAAUGCAAGCUUACAAUCCAUCAGCUAGAGGAGGCAAACAUUGGAGCAACAGAUUUUCCUCUAUAAAGACAACAUUUGAACAUACAGAACAACCCAAAAUGAGUGUACCAUCUCCUGCUAAAAUGUUUUGGCAGAACAGUGAAGCUCAUCAAAGUAAUGACUACAAAGAUCAAUAUAAAAAUAAACUACCAUGGACAGUAAAAACUGGUGAUAAUGGUGUUGUUGUUGGAUCUUUAACUGUUGCCAAACCUGGUCAUGUGAAUAAUUUCAAUCAUGCCCCCAAAUCAGCUUUUAAGCCAAUUGAGAAAAAACCUGUGUCUACUGUAUCUGGCACUGUAAAACAAAUCGCAGCUCAGAAAUUUUCAGUAAGUGAUAGCGAAACUGAAAAGAGACCAGAAAAAAGUAGUAAAAAACAAAGUAAUGUGUCUCAUCCUCAUACGAAUUACACACCAAAUACCAAACAAAACACUUUCGUUAACAAUACUACUUCUGCUUUCAAAAAGUAUAACUCUUCCCCUCAAUCAAAUAAUAUUGAAAAAACACAUUCCAAAAUCACAACACAUCCUUCCACAAAUAGUAACUACACUAGUUUUAAAAGUUUUGAUACUUCUAAUAUUAAUAACGAAAAAUCCAUGAAUAUUCAAAAAUAUAAUGUUACUCAGAACAAAACUUCAGCAAAUCUUCAAAGUAAUAAAAAUUCUUACCAGUAUAAUACAAGCACACAACCUUACACAAAUAAUGCUUUUCCAAGUAAAUCACAGGAAAACACCUUGGCUGCCAAAAAACAAUUUAUGCAAGUUAACUCCCAUAGUAGUCCACAAAAUAGUGGAUACAAACCAUCCACCCACAUUACAAAUCACCAAGGCAGUAAUAACCAUGAUUUUGGACAUAAUUUUUCUACAAGUUAUGGAUAUCAGCCUUCCACUUGUAGUGCUGAGUUUCAAAAUAAUGAUUAUCAAAAAUCUACUCAAAGUAUUCCAACCAAGAAAAAUGAAUAUAAGAUAUCUUAUCAAGUUUCAAACCCUAGCAGUAAUGGCUAUCAGUCAUCUUCCUACUCAAAAAGCCAAGAACAGAGUAUGCUUCAUUCUUCCAAUGAAGUUGUCGUUGUCCCUCCUCAAAAUGUCUCAUCAAAGACAAUAAGUAAAAAUAUAAACGGCUCUUCGGGCAAAUACCCUUACAACCCUAGUGUUAAUCCAAACACAUACGGUAAUGAGGACUAUAAACAUUCACCAACAUUGCAAUUAGAAAAAAAUAAUUUCAGAAUUCAAAAUAAUGAUGAUUUUUCUAUUGUAGGUGAUAACAAGCAAAAAAUUUCUAAAAACGAUAUUUAUUCAUCAGCUUCUGGAUAUUCUAAUUUUUCUGAAAAUAGUGACACUUAUAAACAAAAUAACUACAUAGAUCCUUCACAUUUUAAAAAUAAACCCUAUACCGCUUACAUUUAUUCCAGUAAUAACACAGCUAACUCGUCUGAUUCCUUUGACCAAAGGCAUGAUAUACCUCAUAUUUCUGCUGACAAACCUAAUCAUGUGACACAAACAAUAAAUGAUUCACCACUGUUAAUUAAGGAAGAUCUGGCUCCUUCCUCACCUUAUAGUUUAUCAGUAUCUAGCAGCCUGGAUAGGAUGUCGCCACAGAGGAUAUCUAGUAUCAAAUUUCCUGAUGAUAAUCGUUAUUUAUCCCCUUCUUAUCAGUCCAUGAGCCCGUCUUUAAGAAUUGAGGAAGAUGAGAGCCCAUGGGGAAGUGUUACAAAUGGUGAUGACAGUCCGCUGGAAGAGAAAGCUGUGAGCCGAGUAAUGGGUCAAGCCCAGUGCCAACAAGCAGUCACUGUUAACAAUAGGACCAGGAGGAGAUUCGAUUUAGAUUUGGAAUCAGAACUAAAACUUCAGGUUAGGCAAUCAGCUCAAAAAAAAUCUUUGUCCCCUUCAUUUCCUAAUGUCAUUCAGAAAUCAGAAUCUUGGCAUCAAAUGGUUAAAGAGCAAAUGCAACAAGCGAAACAAGCUCCACCAUUACCAAAAAUAUCUAAAGCCAAGUCUAGCCAUACUUUAGCUUUGCCAAAACAAUAUGAAGCUGCACUUUCACAGGAUACUUUAACACAAAAGAAAAUAACUGUUAGUCAGUAUUUGUCUAAACAGUCAAAAGCUACCAAAAGUACUAAGACCAAUCCAAAGUACAAGUCGACCAACACCAUUAAUAUUCAACAAGAUGAUGAUUUAACUGAUAAAUUGAUAUUAGCUGCUAAUGAAAACAUCAUUCAUUUACUUACAGCUAACAGCGUUCAAUCUCCUUUUGCGAAGUUUAGGCAGCUAGAAAGACAAAAUUCUGCACCCAGCGCGGGCCGCCCUCCCCCACUAUUUAAGUUUACGGAGCCAAAGCUAGCUCAGAGUGCUUCCACCAUUAAGGAGAGACUUCUCAGCUGGGUCCAAGCUCAGACCCGUCACUAUAAGAACAUCCAAAUAGAAAACUUCUCAACUAGUUGGAGUAACGGCUUAGCUUUUUGUGCACUCAUCCAUCAUUUCUGCCCUCAUGCUUUUGAUUAUGACUCAUUAACACCAGAAAAACGUCGAUACAACUUCGAGCUCGCCUUUCGAGUUGCUGAAGAAGAAGCUGACAUCUUCCCCCUCCUAGAUGUUGAAGAUAUGGUGGUGAUGAGGAAGCCUGAUUGGAAAUGUGUAUUUACAUAUGUUCAGUCCAUCUAUAGGAGGUUCCAUGACUCACCAGAUGCUCUUCCUGUAUUUUAGUUUUAAAUGGACUCAGUAGCUUCUUUUUAAUGUUACCAGCUAACAAAUGUGAUCUAAUUGUUUUACAUGUUAUUUUUAUUUUGUUGACUUCUCUGAGAUGUAUAACUUUUACCAGCACUGUAAAAAUGUAUAAAUUGAAUAACUUUAUUGAAAUGUGUACAUUUGUUUUGUUUUUUUAAAUGUUAAAUAAACUUAUAUAUGUUAAGAAAAGUAUCGAAUCACUUCAUUGAGAGUCAAGAAAAGAGGGACUACGUCUUCAAAGCAGAAAUCUUGGAGGAGUGUUAACAAUCUCCAUUUACUAACAUAAUAAUCAUUAAAGUGUUACUCCAACUAUCUUUUUAUUGAAAGCCUAACUUAUAUGCUUCUGCUUGUAAAAUAAAAUUUGAAUAAUGUUUCUGAAUAUUAAGAAAAUCAGAAAUUAAUGACUUAUGUAGUAUAGAGAAAAGUAUGUUUCUUAUUAAAGUGUAUAAAUUAUUAUGUAGCUGACUCCACUUUUUCUUUCUUUCUUUUUUAACAAAGAGCAAGUAAUUUGUGAAAUAUAUAUUCCUUAUUUUAUUUAAUUUAAUAUUUUUCUAUUAUUAGGUGUUAAUACUUUUUGAUACAAGAAAGUUUUAAUGGGUGAAACUGUUGCUUUUGUUGUAAUAAAUAUUUUAAAAUAUAUUUAAGAAAUAUUAUGAUUUUCGUUUUUUAU